AUGCUGCACAUUAAACAGGAGGCGGAGCCAGAGACUCCCUACUUGAAAGCAGAACAGGAAAAUGAAAUCACGUUUCCGAUGACUGUCAGUGUGAAGAGUGAAGAAGAUGAAGGUCCAACAGAAGAGAGUGUAGCAGCGAGACCUUCGAGCGACAGCUCUUUUGAGCAUCUGACAACACAAGGAGUGGGACGAUCACAACCGGACGGCCUCUUAGCUCCGCUUUCGGACAGCGACGAAGUAACGUCACACUGUUCUGACUUUAAUACUGAUGAGGAGGAUGAUGACUCUGAUCAAAAUGCUUCAAAAUCCUUCAAGUCAUCGUUCAAAAGAGACACAAAAGAAUACGUCACUGUAGAAGAUCUGCACUCUGAAAAGCACGAUCCUCACCACGUUGAAAUGGAGGAGGAGUCGAAGAUGCUGUAUUUCAAACAGGAAGCGGAGCCAGAGAACCCCAGCAUUAAAGAAGAAGAACAGGAAGACAAAAUCACCACAUUUCCAUUGAUUGUCAUUGUCAAGAGUGAAGAAAAUGAAGAUCCAAGCGAAGAGAGCGGAGCAGCGAAACCUUUGAGCGACAGCUCAUUUCAGCACCUGACAACAAAAGCAAAUGGAAGAUCGCAACCGGACGGCCUCUUAGCUCCGCUUUCGGACAGCGACGACUCAUCAUUGAAAAGAGGCACUCUAGAAUGCGCGGUUAGGAAACCUUUUACCUGCUCACUUUGUGAUAAAACGUUUUCUUGGAAACAUCACUUAAAAAUACACACGCGUACACACACCGGGGAGAAACCUUUUGUCUGCACAUUUUGUGGUAAAAGAUUCACCGAGAAGGGGAAUUUAAACAAACAUACACGCACACACACUGGAGAGAAGCCUUUUGCCUGCACGCUUUGCGAUAAAAGAUUUUCUGAGAACACCGAUUUAAAAAAGCAUAAACUUACACACACUGGAGAGAAGCCUUUUGCCUGCUCACUUUGUGGUAAAAGAUUCACCGAGAAGGGAAAUUUAAACAAACACACAAGCAGACACACUGGAGAGAAGCCUUUUGCCUGCACACUUUGCGAUAAAAGAUUUUCUCAGAAGAGAGAUUUAGAAAAGCAUACACGUACUCACACUGGAGAGAAGCCUUUUGCCUGCUCACUUUGUGGUAAAAGAUUCGCCGAGAAGGGAAAUUUAAACACGCAUACAAGCACACACACCGGAGAGAAGCCUUUCGCCUGCACUCUUUGCAACAAAAGAUUUUCUCAGAAGAUUAAUUUAGAAGGACAUGUUCAUACACACACUGGAGAAAAGCCUUUUCCCUGCUCAGUUUGUCACAAAAGAUUCCGUCAGAAGGGAAGUUUAGACAAACAUGCACGCACGCACACCGGAGAGAAACCUUUUGCCUGUUCAGAUUGUGGUAAAAGAUUUGCUCAGAAAGGAAAUUUAGUUGCACACGCAAAAAUCCACAGUGCAGGGUUCCCGCAGGUCCUUAAAAAGUCUUAA